UAUGUAGGUGAUAUUGCCCCAAAAUUGCUAUACGAAGGCCCGUUUGGCAAAAGGGAAAAGAGAAGGGAGGGGGGGGAAUAAACAUGACCCGGUUCAAACUUUGAUUUCAUUCUAGGAAGCUUAGGUUCACGUCAUCCCCGAACCCCCCCAAAAAACCAUACCCGAACGGAAAACAAAAAGGAUAGCGUGGGUCGCCCCCAAUGUUGCAGCAACGUCUUUGCCUGCUUCCAAGCCCGGUCUUACCUGCCCUAGCACAAGAAAGGGACAAGCCAAGACCACAAAGCCUCCUGCUGAUGCCGCCGGACAAGUUCUCUGCCCCCAGAAAACCAAAGAAGAAUGAAGAAGAAGAACAAGAACAAGAACAAGAAAGCAAUUGCAUUGCAAAAUUACCUAGUAGACCGCAAGUCUCCAAUUUUUUUUGCUCACAAAAAAAACCUACUAGGCCUCCAUCUUUCUUCAAUAAAACAGCCUUGCAUGAAACUUCUGUUGCUAAUCCCAUUCAAACUCACGCCACCAACGCCUUAUUUCCUCUCUUGCUCAAGAAACCCAAGUAAGACCCACAAACCGAACCCCUCCGUUCAUCGGCAAGUCUGUUGCGCCAAAUAAAGAAAAAACCUCCCUUCCCCCUCCAACCGGACCGACUAGUCACCCGUUUCCCACAUGUGCCGGGAUAC